AUUAACGUUUACUCCGGUUUAAACUCGGCUCCGUGGAAGCACAUAAGCCCAUGCUUUUCUUUUGAGAGAGCGUGUUAAUCAGUAGCAAUCAUCAUGAUACUCUUUCAGUCUACCUCUCUUUAAGUUACUACUUAUUUCGGGUUAACCGCAUGAAUGAAAUGCUAAGGUUAUCCUGUGCUAGCGUGUCAUCCUACGCAUGACUUUGAGCGCCAGAGGCGGUUAUACCACCUGACAGGUUUCCUCACUGCUUCCUUGCUCUGCCGGUAAGUGUCGGUACUCACAGCAGUGUGAGCUGUCACGUUGCCUGUGCUACAACGGCGCCAUAACGAGGGAAGCCGGUUGUCACGUCCUGCAGGUCCUGCUUGUAUUAAACAAAUUUAGCGUCCUUGCUCCGGGGUAAAGGUGUCAGUAGUGCCCGUGAAACAGCAAUGGACCAAGCAAGGUCAACGAUAUCCAAAAUAUUUAACGGGGAGCCACACUCCUACACACGAUUCAACUUGACGCAGAACAUGGAAGGUGACAAUAGCCAGGUGGAGAUGAAGCUGUCAUCCGACGUGGAUGAGGACGCUGGGGAAAAUGGAGUGGGAGACCAUCUCAAUCACAGCCCCACCCGCAAACCCUAUGUGGCUCAGAAGUUUGAACGCACACCCAAGAACCUCUGCUUCAUGCUAGCCACUACCCUCCUCAUCUUUAUCAUUGGGUACUUGAUUGGCUACCUGGUCCAUCGGAAGAAGGACCUGGCUCCCAGCCCUGUACCCACCUAUCUCGCUUUUGAAGAACCUGUUGUUCACGAGACAGGUGCUGCCCCCCUCAUGGACUGGGAUGAUGUCAAAAAGCUCUUGGCUGGAAAACUGAGUGGAAACCAAUUUGAAUCUGUCUUCAAUGAGUUUACCAAGGACAGUCACCGGGCUGGUUCUUCUGUUGAUGACUAUCUGGGUGACAAGAUUAUCAGGCAGUUUAAUGGCUAUGGCAUGAGCACCUGGACUGAUGAGCACUAUGUUAAGGUUCAGGACCCCCCAGCUUCUGGCUACAACAGAAUUGUUUUCAAUGGGAAGGAGGAUCAUCCAGAUGGAUUCCUGUCCUACAGUGCCAAUGGAACAGUAACGGGUGCUGUUGUGUAUGCACACUAUGGGCAGGGAAAUGACUUUAGGUUGCUGCAGAGUAAGAACAUCAACCUGAGUGGCAGUGUUGUACUGGUGAGAGCUGGUGGGAUCAGUUUUGCUGAGAAGGUUGCUAAUGCUGCCAAAGUGAAUGCCUCUGCUGUGUUGAUCUACCCAGACCCCACUGACUACUCUAUCGGAGACAGGACUGCGCUCUUUGGACAUGUCCACCUGGGUUCAGGGGAUCCCUACACUCCUGGUUUCCCCUCCUUCAACCACACCCAGUUUCCUCCUGCUCAGUCUUCGGGCCUGCCAACAAUCUUGGCUCAGACCAUCACGACAUACAUGGCUAGCAACAUUCUGAGGGAACUGGGGGGCCAGGAUUCGCCGAGUGAGUGGGGAAGCCCCAACAAGCUGGGAGAUGAUAACAAUGUGAUCACUGUGGAAGUCAACAACGUUCUUACUGAAAAAAGGAUAAUUAAUGUUUUCGGCGUCAUCAAAGGCUUUGUGGAUCCAGACCGGUAUGUGGUCAUCGGUGCCCAGAGGGACGCGUGGGGUCCAGGUUUUGCCUCAUCAACCGUUGGCACCAGCGUCCUUAUCGAGCUGGCUCGUGCCAUCUCCGACAUGGUGGCCCAUGAUGGAUUCAAGCCAAGGAGGAGCAUUGUGUUUGCAAGCUGGAGUGCUGGAGAAUACGGGAGUGUUGGCGCCACUGAGUGGUUGGAGGGUUAUCUGUCUUCUCUGAGCAUGAAGGCGUUCACAUACAUCAACCUGGAUGGUGUUGUGUCAGGUGACAGUAGAUUUAAGGUAGCAGCCAGUCCCUUGCUGUAUAGCCUGAUUGAGAGCACAAUGAAAGAGGUGAACUCCCCAAAUGGCGUUGGGAAUCUCUUUUCUCGAUAUGCAAACGGCAACUGGGAAUCAAAUGUGUUGGAACCUCUGAAGUUGGAUAAUCCUGCAUUUCCUUUCCUUGCCUUUUCUGGCAUUCCCUCAGUCUCAUUUAGAUUUGUCCCCAGUAGAUUGGACUACCAGUUCCUUGGCACAAUGAGGGACACCCAGGAGAACCUGAAGUUGGCCACGAAAAACCAGUUUCCUCAAAUGGCUGUAUCAGCGGCCCGGUUCGCAGGUCACAUAGCACUGAGGCUGGUCCAUGAUCAUCUGCUGCGGAUGGACCUGGAGAAGUACAACAACAUUAUACGCAAUCAGGUGUCUCAAAUCAAUAUGAAAGUAAACCAUAUUCGCAAGAUGAAGCCCCAGCUGUUUCCCAAGACCCUGACAGCGCGGUGGUUGAUCUUAGCCUCUGGCUCCUACGGCCGCGCUUCUCGUAGCCUGGCAUCGGCAAUCAAGAACAGUGACCUGGAGGACAUCGAGAUGUGCCGCAUCCUCAACGACCGCAUCAUGACUGUGGAAAGGAACCUCCUGUCACCCUACGUGUCUCCCAGAGAUAGUCCUUUCCGCCACAUCCUGCUUGGCACCGGCCCCCACACUCUCGCAGCUGUGUCCAACCACCUUGACAUUCUCGGGACCAACAACCCCAAAGCAGAUGUCGACUUGUUCCGCAACCAGUUUGCCCUGGUGACCUGGACCAUUCAGGGCUGUGCCAACUCAUUAGCAGGGGACAUCUGGUCCUUGGAUAAUGACAUCUAAAAAAAAAAAAAAAAACGGCCUCACUCCCUUGUUAAUGAUUUGGCCUCCCUAUCACAGCUGGCAGUAUGAAAACCAGUAGGCUGUUACAAUUCGACAGCAGUCACAGUUACACGGCUUUUUAAAUUAACCUGAUUUAGGAACUAUCCAAAUGGAAACCAGUAUCGCAGUUAUCACCUCUGUCAUUUUCAACAUUUCAGUGAUAAGCUGCCUCUUCUCCCUUCUUUCUGUAAGUCUCCAUAAAGCCAAACAUUAAGGAUAAAACACACAAUGCAUAAGCCUUCGGCCUUAAUGUAAAAGAUCAGUAGGUCAUUCACUGUUUACCCUGCUUUUCUUUCCAAAUUCUAUAAUGUUAACAUGUGGUACUUAAAUACCACAAUCUUGAAUACUUUGGUGCUAGUAACAACUACCUUUACACGCCUGUUACGUGGCAGUGAUACAUAAAUUGGUGCAUGAGUUGAGUAUAGCAGAAGUGAUGCUUUUUCAGCACAGUAUCAUAAUCACAGGAGUGUCUAACGUGUUUGCCAGCUCAGAGGUUCAUAGAACACAGUACAGUCAGUACGAUUUAAUAAGCUAACGACUUUCGUUUUGUUUACUGCGAUAAUUAUAAUUCACACCUGCUGGUAUUUCCGCUGCUGCUGUAGCCUCGUGCUCAAACCUGAGAUUUGUGUUGGUAGCUAUAAUUUCAUACUGUGCUGAAAUCUGCUACUCGACUCAUUUUCAGAGAUUCAGAAGUACAACACAGUAGUUGUGUUGUACUGAACACACCUAUAAUCAGAUUUGGGACAAUCACAAGUUGCGUUAAACUUUAAAGAGAAGUCCUAAUUACAUUCAGGAACUUGAAAAAUGAAUAAAUGGAAAAAAAUGAAGUUGCUAAUUAUCUGAAUCGUCUGCCUUCUGACAUAAGAACAAAUCUGCCUUUCAAAAAACCAAGGGAGAAGGUCUCAACACUGAAACAAAACCUGUACGUCUAUUUAUUGUUAUUUAUUUAUCAGUGGCAGGGCUCACUAUAAAUAGUUUUUUUUAUCGCCUUUUAUAAAAAAAAAAAGAAAAACGUAUAAUUAUCGGGAGCAGUGCCUUCCAUAAUUAUGACAGUUAUACUGUCGAAAUGACAAAAGCAGCAUCUGCUAAAAGAAGUGUACACGUUGACCGACAGCCAGUACUGCACACAGAACAAUCAGGCACUUCUCAGCUACCCGCCUAAUUCCCAAUUAUUAUUAUCAUUAUUUUUUCAGCAUAACUGACACUGGAUUGGUCUUUUCACAAGGUCAAAUCACAUAUCACACCUGACAAUAUUUACACACCUCUGGGUGUCUUGUCAGUACUGGUUCUUUGGUACAUGUACACUUCUCAUCCUGACAGCAUUAUCGGGAGCAGUGACUUCCAUAAUGUGGAAAAACGAAAGGUAGUUUUUGCCUACCAGUGUGUGUCUGUAUCGGAGGCAGUGCCCUCCAUAUUUCACUGCAGGGGUGGAUGAUUUUAUUAUCGGGAACAGUGUUUCCCAUAAUGUUUGUAUAUACAGUUCAUUGCUACACAAUGCACAUGUUGUUCACAUCUUUAGAUCUCUUCUGCGAUGUUUCCAUGCUAAUGUAGUUUUCUCUUGGACAGAACACAGCUUCUGCUCACAGAUAUGAAAGGCUGUGAUGAGUUUUAACAUCAGCUGUUAUGGUGGGAAAAAAAUUUCCAUUCUGUCUCAUUAGUAAACUGCACGUCUUUAAUCUCUUCUGGGUUUCUUUAGCGAGCGUUUUGCGAAUAUCUUGUCUUUUUCAUUUGGUUGCGUAUGGAACUGAUCCACAAGGUCUUCAGCUUUAAAGAAAUCACGAUACAAAAUGUUUGGGUCCACUGUGGGUAACAGUGGUGUGGUCCAUUAUUUCCAGAAAUCGUGGCCACUCUGUAAUAUGGCUGUUGUUUUCAAUGAUCCGGUCAGAGUGAAAGUACAUUCUAUGUUCUAUUAAGUUGUGUUCAUUCAUCCUUGUUAAGAGAUUUCCUUGUGCCUUUUCGUUUUGUGACUGCAGUUUUAAGGAUGUAUGUUUGGCUUGUUUAUUUUAGUUCUGACAUUUCUGUAUUAUUUUUUUUUCCCCCUUUUGUCAGCUAGAAUCAAAAGUUACUAGUUUAAAUGCCUGUUAUGCUACAACACAUUUUAGACAAAAGUUACAGGAAAGAUGAAAAUUGUGAAAAUGAAAGGAAAAAAGAUCAGUGUAAAUGGAUUUAAAAAUUACACUGCGAAUGUUACAGUAGUGGAUGUGUUCCUACUUUCUUUAAGUCUGGACAUUCAUUGUUUUCAGAUAUUUUAUAAUGGAAGCCACCUGAUGUUAUGCCUCUGUGGAAAUACAUGAAUUGUUUUAGUUCAGUAGCCAUUUAAAAAUGAUCUUUUAGCCAUUCAUAGUUGGAAUGAUUAAUCUGAUCUGCAGGGCUGUUACGAGGCAUAUGCUGAGGGUUGGAUUUUCAAUGUGGGCAAAUUGCUGACCAACUGGAAAGAAAUUAACAAAAUUGUCAGUCUUUACUAUGAGGAUGCAGGCAGAGGAAUCGGUCUGCAAAAUAUGUCUUUAUUCGUUUGGAGGAGGCAUUAAAAAUUCUGAAAACCUGGAUAAACAAAGUGAAAAAUUGUUAAAAUAACAGUGUGCAUUCCCCACCUUCAAACUGUAUUCACAUUUUCUUAGCUUAAUGUUUUUUUUUUUUGUUUUUUGCCGCAAUAAACAAUCACAUCCCAA